GUUGGCCAGCAGCGGGAGGCUUUGUUGGAGGUGGUGAGUGGCGUGAAUGGCUUUGCCGGACUGCGCACUGGGGAGCAGGGCAUCGCCAUGCGGCGUGCUGCACGACAGCUCGUCUUGCUCCUUGGCAAGUUGGGGCGCCUCAUGUCUGAUGUUCUGGCGCCUGGGGACCACACUGCCAUGGCCAGUGUGCUGAUGGAGGCGGUGGCUUCACAGAUCGUGACAGCCAUUCUCGGACAGAGCAACAUCUCCAUCCAGGAGCUCCCCACGAUUCUGAGCACAGUUGUGGAGGAAGGCCCCACCGUCAUCCUCCAGCUCAGCCAGCCGCCUCCCCCUGGCAGCCAGGGGCCGCAAAGCGUGCCCGCCGCCGAUGGUGGACCCCAAGGAAGUGACGGCACUCCCAAGGUGAUGGGCCCGCUGGACGAGGAUCUGAAGUUUCUGAUGCAGCAGACAUUCAUCAAGCGGACGCCUAGUUUGAACAAGCUGCACAGGCUGCUAGCCAUUCUGGAGGCCCGCCUGGGCCAGAUAGUGGAGUGGUGGGACAGGGGCACCCUCAGAGAGGCUGGGUUCUCCUCUGAGGAAGUGCGGAGGCUCAUUUACUCAUGCUUCGAGCACUCGGAUUAUCGAGAGGACUGCAUUUCUCACGUGAGGUAG